AUGUUGAACCCUGUGGCCCUGUCAUUAUCUCCAUCUUGUCAUGAUGCCAUCUCUUGGUCCUCGGACGGCGAGCUUGCUAUCGCUGCGGGUGAAUACUUCCAAAUCCUGACGCCAAAAAACAGCAGGGAUGGUGAUUCUGCCCCCAACUCAACCCAAGAUUGGCUCAUGACUCGUGUUAGAGCGAACUUAUUUACGAACUCUGAAUGGCCAAACUACCUUCCGGGAAAUCGAGAUGAUUUUUCAGUCGCCGCAGACCUUUCAGAAAGCAAUGUCGUCGGUCUGGCUUGGUCACCAGCAGGACUAGGCAAAUAUCGGCGUAGUGUCCUAGCUGUGCUGACGUCGAAUCUAGUAUUGUCCCUCUGGGAGCCCAUUGGCCUUAAGAAGCAAUGGACUAGGGUUGCUGUCGCCAAUCAUGUGUUUUGGUCACAGCUACAGCUAUCACAGGAUCCAAAUAGCCAUGCCUUCCGCAAGGUUAACAUUCGAUCUUUCACCUGGUGCGAGUCAUUAAAGCCCUCAACGCCUACCGCGGGCUCUUCCUUUCUACAUUCCCACGAAAGUCGCUGGGGAAUCCCACUCCUAACGGUGGUGAAUGAUUUUAAUGAAGUCAUGCUGGUGCAAGUCCGCAGGUCAGACCCAAUAAACAGCCCUUCCAAGCCUUAUGAUCUUCAGAUUUUGGCGCUUCACUCUCUCACGAAUUUGGAAACAAAGGAUAGUCCGCUCUGCUCUGGAUCACUCUUUGAGACGGCAAUCCAAGAGAGACAACGCACUACUGCGCUCGCCUGUGGUCCGUGGCAGACUUCAUUCGCGACCAGCCCAGGCAACUUUGGAUGCGCAGUCGCCAUGAUAGCUGCGGUAUGCGGAACACAGCUUCGGCUAAUGAAACUUCAAGUCGCUCUCGGAAGCUCGCUCGGGGAGACCUCACAACAGUACAAGCUAGUCACAGAUUUGAUAGAACAUCCUUUGGAUCAGUCGAAUGAGAAAUGGGCAUAUCACAACAUCGCUGGUCCUCUUAGAUGGCUACAUGCCAGAUUAUCCACAACCAUUGCUCUGGCAGUGGGCGCCAUGGCAGGUUUCAUCACCAUAUCCAUGCCUAUCACUACGUACACUGGUAGCGGUGCCAACUCGGAUGUCUUCGAGUUCCGUGAUUACCCGAUCUAUGAGCCAGAAACCGAGGACAACAAAGGCCACCAAGCAAGGCACCUGGAGCCGAUUUUUGCAAUGCUCACUUCCGUGAAUGAACAUAGCGACAUAUGCAAGCUCCACCUAGGUACACUUGGUGGUAUUGGCUUAGUUACAGAACUUCACCAACUCCAAAAUGACAGCGCUAUGCAACAGCCAAAAUGGAAACGCAUGAUUGAAGAGUUCCAGGAUGAUUAUGACUUGGAGCACGACUUGGGAGGAAUGUCAGUCUCGAGGAUCUGGGGACUCGCAGCCUAUCGCAACAUGACUGCGGCUAUCUUCACUUCGCAUCCCACGGACAUGAUCGAGUAUCGCAUCACUUCUGACGACAGGUCUAUGAUUGUCUUUUCAGAGGAAGGUGAACCCACGACGAACACUCAAGCCCUAUUCGCAACGCACAUACCCGAUGGUCAAACCUCCGACCACAACCAGACGGAAGAAGUGAUACGUUUCGUUCUACCUGGUGAAGAUGGUAAUAUUGAACCUGACACGGAGAGUCAACGACUGAUUUAUGCCGUUGCCUGUCGUGCCAUUGUGGGCGAAGAGGACAAGUCGCUCAGACUUCACACUCGGCGGUCUCUAGAGCGUCUAGCGUUUGUGACAGGCGCAGAUCUGAGCGAUGAGAUUUCCAAAUGUAACAGCAUUCCCACUCCGAUAUUUGCGAGGAACAUGGAUCAAGUUACUGGCCCAGGGGGUCACAUUUACGAGAAGUGCGAAAUUUGCGAUGCGGGAAUUGGGUGGCCCUCGGCCCAGUUGGCUCAGUGCGCCAAUGGCCAUCUUUGGGAACGAUGUGGGUUGUCCUUCCUUGCCAUUCAAGAACCCGGGAUGUCCAAGUACUGUUUUGCCUGUCGAAAAGAAGCCCUCGAUGAAGAACGCGUGGCGUGCAUGCGUGGGGGAAAACAAGGUCGAACAUUCGAUGCUCUGUUUGAGACUUUUGAUGUCUGCUUGUACUGCGCAGCCAAAUUCCAGGCCAGUUACUAG